GCUGCCUCCUGUCUGUCCACCGUGGGCUCGCCAGCGUCCAGGGCGGCGACAGGAAUAAAACAGGCCCUCAAGAAAGCCUCUGACUGAACAAAUCAGUGGAUGAAAAUGCACACAUUCUCUGCUCAACAAGAAUGUGCAGGAACUCAGAAUGGGGCGAUCCCUGGAGUUGCAGCGUCAGAGGAAACUGUCAAAUUUGUCCCUAUUAGUUGUGUGACCUUUGGCAAGUUACUUAACCUCUGUAGAAUGGAAAUGGUACUACCUAGCUCAAUAAGUAUACUUUCUUUAAUAUGGAAAAUUUGAACUUUAUUGUUUUAUUAUUGUUAUAAAACAUACAUAAUAUAAAAUUUAAAUAUAAAUAAUCUUAAGUACAAUUCAGUGGCAUUAAGUGCAUUCACACUGUUGUGUAAUCAUUACCACUAUCCUUCCCAGAACUUUUUUAUGAUCUCAAACUGGAGCUCGGGACCCACUAAGCAAUAACUCUCCUCUAUCCCUAACCCUCAGCCACUGGCAAUCACUAAGCAUACCUUAUUUUAAAUGCCCAAAUUACCAAUCAGUGUUUAAUGACGAUAAAUAGUAGAAUGAGAGGAGGAAAAGACAAUAAAGUAAAUAAACCAGUUUCUCAUCUUUCUUGGUGGGUAGAAGGGAUCUGUCAAACUGCUUACAGGUUAGGAGGGCUCCCUAGGAGAACUGAACUCAGAAAUGGUUGCAAGUUGUUACAACUAGAGGGGGAAGAAGGAGACCAUUACUUAAUAUGAUAAACUAAUGUUCUAGUUAUUUUUACAGUCUCUGUAUUAAUUGGAUAUAAAUGAAAGAGAGAAACAGGCUCUACUCAUCUGUCAUGUAACAAAAAUGGUCGUGUCUGCUUUGAUGGGUGGAGCAAGCAAGAGGGUCGUGCAGAGAGCUUGGCUCCAUGCUCAGGUGGGGGCUGGCACCCCCUAAGAAGUAGAUAAAGUAUAAACAGUAGUUUGCAUUUUUAAAUUUCCAGAAUUCACAAACUUGGAGGCGGUAGAUGCUAAUUGGCACCGUGGAGUUUCUUCUGAUGACCUCUCAGCCAGGUUGGUGGGUAUCCAGUCCCAGAAGGCCCAGUUCCUCAUCACCUUCAAAACCAUGGAGGAAAUUUGGAAGUUCUCCACUUACCUGAACUUAGGCUAUGUAUCUGUGUGUCUGGAGCAUCUCCUCUUUGACCACAAGUACUGGCUCAACUGGAGACUGGUGGAGGACACAGAGAUCCACGUGUCUGUAGAUGAUACACACCUGGAAACGAUAUACCUGGGACUCCUGAUCCAGGAAGGCCACUUCUUCUGCAGAGCCAUGUGCUCCGUGCCUCAGCCAGCUGAAAAGGAAGGAGAGUGCUUGACACUUUGCAAGAAUGAGUUAAUCUCAGUGAAGAUAGUCGAAGGUGGAUCCGAGUGGGAAGGCAUGUCCUUGGUGACGGGUCAAAGGGGCCUGGUGCCCGUGUCGGUCCUGGAACCCCUGCCACUCCCUUUCCACCAAUGGUUCCUAAAGAAUUAUCCAGGAAGCUGUGGCCUUCCCAGGAAGAGGGAUUGGACGGGCUCCUAUCAGAUCGGCAGAGGGAAGUGUAAAGCCUUACGGGGACACGAGAGGGAGGAAAAGGAUGAGCUGAAUUUCCGCCAAGGGGAAAGCAUCGAGAUCAUCGGCUUCGUCGUGCCGGGGCUUCAGUGGUUCAUCGGGAAGUCCGUGCACUCGGGGGAAGUGGGCUUCGUCCCCACCAGGAGCGUAGACCCUGACUCUUACUCCCCAGUGAGCAAGAACUCCGCCUUUUUCAGUGAUGAGGAAAGAUGCUCUCUGUGGGUCCUGGGAAGUGACAGGAGAUCUGAGUGUGCCGGCUUCCUCCACACGCUAGCUCGCACUGACAUAGCAUCUGUCUACCGGCUUAGUGGGUUUGAAUCCAUCCAGAAUCUUCCAAACGAUCUGAGCGCACCCCGACCUGACGGCCUCCAGGAGGCCAGGCCUCGUGGAGCCUGGGAGGAGCAGCAGGCCGUGGGCCCCAGACAGUCCAGCAGCUCCGAGGAGUCCAGCCUGGAGGAGGAGCUCCUCUCCGCCGCCUCAGACAGCUACCAUCUGCCAGAGCCCGAGGGCCUUGAUGACCCAGAGCUGCUCAUGGACCUGAACACUGGCCCGGAGGAGGAGGAGGCUGAGAACUUCACCCCCAUACUGGUUUUUCUGGACCACGAGGGUUAUGCCAACCACCUUAAGAGCCUCUACGAUUUCUCCUUCUCUUUCCUCACAUCUUCAUUUUACAGCUUCUCUGAGGAGGAUGAGCUUGUGGCCUACCUGGAGGCCUCGAGGAAGUGGGCCAAGCGCAGCCACAUGACCUGGGCCCAUGCCCGGCUUUGCUUCCUCCUGGGUCGGCUGAGUGUCAGGAAGGUCAAGCUCUCUCAGGCCAGGGUGUACUUCGAGGAGGCCAUCCACAUUCUCAACGGGGCAUUUGAGGACCUGCCCUUGGUGGCUGCUCUGUACAUCAACGUGGCUGCCAUCUACCUGAGGCAGAGGCUGAGGCAUAAAAGCUCUGCCCUGCUGGAAAAGGCAGGUGCCCUGCUGGCCUGUCUGCCAGACCGUGAGUCUAGCGCCAAGAAUGAGCUGGACGUGGUGGCCUAUGUGCUGCGCCGGGGCAUUGUGGCUGGCAGCUGCCCCCUGGAGGCCAGGGCCUGCUUUCUGGCCACACAGCUGCUCCUGCGCCUGGGCCGGCAUGAGGAGGUUCUGCCAUUUGUGGAGCGCCUGCACCUCCUCUGCGGACACCCUCCUGCCUCAGAUGCCGCAGCCACCCUCUUGAGCUUUCUAUAUGAUAAGAAGUAUCUUCCACACCUUGCAGUGGCCUCUGUCCGGCAGCGUGGUAUCCAGAGUGUCCAAGGGACGUCCCUUCCGAUUUGGCAGCUCCGCCUGGUUCUCCAGAACACCACCAAGCUCCUUGGAGUUCCCUCCCCAAGCCAGGGUGAAGUGUCUGCCCUGGCCUGCCCCGCGCUCAGGCAGGCGCUGGCUGCCUGUGAAGAGUGGGCUGACAGGAGAACCCAGAGGGCCGUGUGUCUCAUCCUCUCCAGAGUGUACCUGCAGCACAGGUCUCCUGAUGGUGCCAUCCACUUUCUGAGCCAAGGCUUGGUGCUGGGGCAGCUGCUGGGUGUGCAGGAAGCCUUCGAGUCUUCCCUCUGCCUGGCAUGGGCCUAUCUCUUAGCCAGCCAGGCGAAGAAGGCUUUGGACCUCCUCGAGCCGCUCCUAACCUCCCUGAAGGAGACGGAGAGUAUUACCCAAAAGGGGGUGGUCCAUAACCUCCUGGGACUUGCACUUCAAGGUGAAGGCCGCGUGACCAGGGCAGCCAAGAGCUAUCUUUGGGCCUUGAGCAGAGCCCAGGAGAUGGGGAAUGUGCGUAACCAGGCCGUGGCUUUGGCCAAUCUUGGCCACCUGACCCUUAAGUCCUGGGCUCAGCAGCCGGCCAGGGACUAUCUUCUGCAAUCUGUCCGACUCUAUUCUGAACUCCAGGCCAGCAUGGAGACAGAAAUGGAAUUAGUACAGGUGCUUCUCUGGUUGGCCCAGGUUCUGGUGUAUGGACGCCAGCUGGCCAGUAGCCGCCUUUGUUAUGAAAUGGCGUUGCUGUUUGGCUUGAGGCACGGACACCUAAAGAGUCAGCUUCAGGUCACCAAAUCCCUCUGCCAUUUCUACAGCUCUGUGUCCCCAAGCCCCGAGGCAUGCAUCACCUACCACGAGCACUGGCUGGCCCUGGCUCAGCAACUCAGGGACAGGGAGAUGGAGGGAAGGCUGCUGGAGUCCCUCGGGCAGCUCUACCGGAACCUGAACACAGCCCGGUCGCUCAGGAGGUCCCUCACCUGCAUCAAGGAGAGCCUGCGAAUCUUCAUCGACCUUGGGGAACAAGACAAGGCCGCCGAGGCCUGGCUCGCAGCUGGGCGACUCCACUACCUCAUGCAGGAGGAUGAGCCGGUGGAGCUGUACCUGCAGGCAGCCAUCCAGAAAGCCCUGAAGUUAGAAGAGCCCAGCCUGGCUCUCAAACUCUAUGAAGAAGCAGGUGAUGUGUUCUUCAAUGGGACCCACCACAGGCAUCGUGCGGUGGAGUAUUACCGAGGUGGGGCUGUUCCUUUGGCAAGGAGGAUGAAGGCUGUGAGAACCGAGCUCAGGGUUUUCAACAAGCUGACGGAGCUGCAGAUCAGCCUGGGAGGCUAUGAGAAGGCUUUGGAAUCUGCCAUCCUGGCGGCCAGACUCAGCACAGUCACAGGAGAUCAGAGGCAGGAGCGGGUGGCCUUCCACCGUCUGGCCACGGUGUACUACUCCCUGCAUAUGUACGAGAUGGCUGAGGACUGCUAUCUGAAGACCCUGUCCCUCUGUCCGCCCUGGCUGCAGAGUCCCCAGGAGGCCCUGUACUACGCGAAGGUGUACCACCGCCUGGGCCGGCUCACUUUCUACCAGCUGAAGGAUGCCCACGAUGCCACCGAGUACUUGUGGCUGGCCCUGGCAGCAGCGGCUUUGCUGGAGGACGAGGAGCUGCAGGGCACCAUCAGGAGCAGGCUGGACAGCAUCUGCCGGAGUCCCCUGUGGUGCAGCAGCCCACCUGGCUGCUCCUCAGAGAGGGCGCGGUGGCUGAGUGGCGGGGGCCUGGCCCUCUGAGGAUAGGCGCCAUAUCAGACCGGCUGUCAUGACAGAAGCUGCCGCCCUGCCCCAGGCUCCUAGACACUGAUGUGGAGGGUCCGAGCCUGGUCCGUACCCCCACCUUCCAAUGGGAUGAACAUGGCCCAGAGGCAGAGGCGCGUAUUCUGGGGAGGCCACACAAAAAGUGGUGACAGAGCAGCGCUGAGAAGUCCUGCCUGCGUGUCUAGAGCCUCUCCAGUAGACUGCGGCCCUCCUCUAUAUACAGCCUCUGGAAUGCGCUUCCUUGACAUGCAAUUCUCCAUGAGAACAUGAGAAACCUGGCCCCUGGGAAACCCACCUCCUAACCCCAGUGAGAAAUCAGACACUGCACUGGAGAGAAGUGGGCAGAUUGGACUUUUUCCCUCACUGACUUUUCUCAGGGAAAGACCCCUCCCCUUGCCAGCAGAGAAACUUCUCUCUCUUCUGCCAAAGGAGGUGCCACACCUGCCUAUAGGGACAGGCAGGCAGAAUUCACCAUGUUCUUAGUUCAAAAGCUGGAACGUGCAGAGCAUGGGGUCUGACCAGAUUUGCCGUCUCCCUCCUCCCCUGAGGCUCUGCUUCCCCUAACCUCCCAGAAACCCCAGGGAAGCUUCCCAAGGGCCAAGGCUUAAAAACUGAGCAGUAAGAAAUUAUGAUGUAAAUUACAUGUAAAGAGUGUAUAUUAUUAAACAUUGACACACA